GCGUUCUACCCUCACGGGGCGCGAUGAAGCAGAGUCGGGCCCGGACGAAGAUGGCCCGGGCAGCGAGGCAGACGAUAACGACGCAAUCCCCGACGAGAUGAACCCGCUACGGGAUCUCCGUGCCGUUCUUCAUAUUGCGGACGAUUCGGAGAUUUGGGAGAGGACGUGCAGGUUCUUCUGUCACGACAAAGCACGUACGGCAUACGACCAGGGCGUCAAGCUGCUCGGAACGACCCUGUGCCUUCACCCUCACCAGAUGGAGGCGGUCUACGCGCUGUUGCAGCGGAGCUUUGGCGGGCACUUCAACGGCGGCAUCGUGGCGCUCGACACUGGGCUGGGGAAAACCAUCGUCAGCCUGGCUGCGGUCGCCGUCAUAAGGCUGGUGGAACUCAACCACUACGAGGUUAGACAGGAGUGGAGUACCACCGCGACUGACAACGCAGGAGUCACUAUGCAUCGCCGGCAUAACCCCAGGGUGUCACAGGCCCUUAUCCCUCGGGCAACCCAUGGAGCAUCGAGUGCUGCUGCGUAGCCAACUCAUUCAGCUCGGACAUCGCCCGGCAGCUAGGACCUGGUCCGUCGCUCGUUUUUACACCGUCUAGCGUUGCCGGCCAGUUCGCCCAGGAGGCCGAGCGGUAUUUCGAGCAGGAGGUAGAGCGGCCCGGAUCGGACAACGGCCAGUA